CUACCCCAACAUGCGUCCUACAUGCGACUAAUCUACUUUCGCUUCGUUCUCCACCACGGAAAUAGUCUUAUCCGCUUUCGCCCUGCAUCUUCCAGUCGUUAAACCGUUUCUGGCACCACAGCCUUUUCACCUUCCAGACGAUGUCGGAGCGAGCCGAACGCCUUUCAGGUCUGCAGAAUGGUUCCGUAGGCUCUAUCGCUGGCAUGGCCGAAGUGAUGCUGCAACAACCGACAGUGGCCAUCAAGAACGCGGUGCAGCAGGGUCGUCCCAUUUCGUGGUCUGUGCCAGCGCUCUACCGUGGCCUGGGCGUCUCGCUAGCCUCCAUUGCGCCAAUUAGUGCAAUCCAGUUCGCAACCAACGGGCGACUGCUUCGUGGCUUGACCGCACCGGACGUGGCACCGUCGGACCAAACCAAGCUGCUGUGUGCCACGCUGUCCGGGCUCGCGUCGACAGGUCUCAGUGGCCCGGCCGAACUAAUAAUGACACUGCAGCAGAACAACGGCAAGAGCUUCGGCGCAACAAUGACGGAAGCGUCAUCUCAGUUUGUGACUAUGGCGUCUACUCAUCUGGGAGUGACCCCACUCAACUGGUACCGUCAAAUUUCGCUGAAAUGUGAAGCCUCGGGUCGAGUGAAGUCGUGGACAAUUUUCAAGGAUAGCAUGCGCCAACGCUUUACCUCCAGAUAG